GAUCACAACCUUCUGCUACAACUAGAGAGAGAAGAGGGAAACGUCAACCCCAAAACUAAAGACUCAAGGGAGCUUCAACGCUGAAUAUAUUUUCUUUGUUAUUUAGAAGAUGGCUAUUUUGUGUGAUCGAGCUCUUUUAAUCCUCUGCUUUGCUGCACAGAUGUUUACGUUAAUCUGGUCCCAAACUUGUCCUCGGAGAUGCCAGUGCCCAGAGGAGCCCCCAAAAUGUCUCCCUGGUGUGCCCCUCAUUCUCGACGACUGCGCCUGCUGCCUCGUGUGCGCCCGCCAGAAAGGUCAAGUGUGUUCCGAAACGAACCCCUGCGACACACGUAAAGGUCUGCAGUGCGACUACGCCUCUGAGGACCACAAGAAGCCUGGUGUAUGUGUGGCUCAUGAAGGACAGGUCUGUCUUCUGGACGGGGUGGUCUACAAGAACGGCGAGAUGUUCUUCCCGAGCUGCAAGCACCAGUGCUUAUGCCGUGACGGGCAGAUCGCAUGUAUACCGCGCUGUAAUGUGGACGUCAUGCUGCCUGGGCCUGACUGCCCUGUGCCAAGGAGAGUGCAAGUCCCUGGCGAGUGCUGCGAGAAGUGGGUGUGUGAACCCCCGGCGGAAGCCAGCGCACUGGGGGGCUUUGCUAUGGCAGCCUUUCGUCAAGAGGACACCGUGAGCUUUGAUUCCUGGGACCCCAGCUUGAACUGCAUCGAACAGACAACAGAAUGGGGGGCUUGCUCUCAAACUUGUGGCACAGGCGUGUCCACUAGGGUCACCAACAAGAACCGGCGCUGCGAGAUGGUGAAGCAAAGCCGCUUGUGCAUGAUCAGACCCUGUGAGGACCAGCAGGACCAGACUGCACUCACACUGCCAAAGAGAGGAAGUAGAUGCCAGAGGAUGGUGAGGGGCGACACAGCCGUCCAUCUCUCUUAUAAAAACUGCGUCAGCGUGCAAGCCUACAAGCCUCGCUACUGCGGAAACUGCACAGACGGCCGCUGCUGCACCCCCCACAGAACCAAAACCGCCUUGGUGGAGUUCACGUGUGCCGGCAAUAAAACCAGCAAAAGGCCUGUCAUGGUGAUCCUGACCUGCGCGUGCCACAAUAACUGCCCGCGGGAGAACGCCGUGUGGCAGCCUUCAGACCUGGCCUACAGCGGCAUGACGUCAUAGGUCUGCCACAGCUAAUGACUGUCAAUGGAAACAUUCCCUUUGGUUGGACAGCAGGACCGACUAGUUAACAUGAGUUGCAUCAACUUGAAACAACCCCUAAUCUUUUCAUUUUUAGCACGUACAAAAGUUUGGAGGUGACGGCAUGUGGAAGUUCCUGUGCACACAUUAGAGUUAUAUCUACUAUUCUUUUUAGAAUGAAAGCACUUAAACCUUAGGAAAUAAAGAGGCUCUUCUUUUGGGGAUCACUUAUAGAAUACGAUGUGCUUAUUGUUAACUCACAGAGGGUUCCUUAACCUUGUGCCUAUAAAGUACAUUAUUAAAAGUGCUGAUAUAUCAUUGACUUGUGACAAAAAGCUUUGUUGGACGACCAUGAUGGUAAAAAUAUAGCUGCAGGUGUGCUUUACACACUAGCUGCAAUAGUUUACAUCACUGGAGGGGUUCAAAUGAAAGCUUGCAGGAGACAGUUUCCAUGUAGGAAAUGCAUUUUUAAAAUACCCCGACUGCGCUCAAAACAAAUUGGCCCUAAAAAAAAAAGGCUCAACCUAUGAUCAGAGGUCAUUGUUGGGACUUUGUGUCACUUCUCACACCUGCCUGCAAUCAUCUCCCUUCUUGCUUCUUGCCAUUAAUGCAACAGUCAAGUCCUUUAGUGUAAAUGACAAAAGUUUUUUUGUAAAUACUUGCUGUACAGUUGUAUUUGUAUUUGUACUUUAAAAAGUGGAAAUUCACUGUGAUGUUUUGUGGUGUCCUUUUUCACUUUUGCAAAAAUGUUCUUUAAGAAAACAAACAUAUUUUUGUAUCUUCAUCUUAGUCACAACAUGCAAGAAUAGUUUAUGAUUGAGUCUUUAUCCUGAAUGUGUAGUUAUAUACAAUAUUUGGAUGACGAAUGUUUUGAUGAUCUGGUCUUUGUACACCAUGCACCACCAAGUAUCUGAAAUAAAACAAGAUGUGAUCAAUGUCUA